UCUUCUGCGACGGAUAACUUGGUGUCACACAAUUAGUUGUCCGUCAAGCACAGUAGUUGAGAAGCAUAGGUAUUGAUGUAAAUUAAGUAUUAUUUUCUUACUAAUACCUGUAUUGUGAAUCGUUUUGAUGGACUGCUUGGAGCAGAAAGAUACUGAAGCGACGGCGCCGUCAGUUAUCGACCGAUAUUACACACGCUGGUACAGAGCAGAUAUGAAGGGGAACCCGUGUGAGGACCAUUGCAUCCUACAGCAUUCAAACAGACUGUGUGUUAUCACGUUAGCCGAGACUCACCCAAUCCUUCAGGAUGGGCGGUCAAUCAAAAGCAUCAACUACCAGAUCAGUGACGGCUGCAGUCGGCUGAACAAUAAAGUGUCUGGGAAGUCCAAGCGGGGGGGUCAGUUCGUUACUGAUUUUGCACCUUUGUGUAGGAUAACAUGCACAGAUGAAACUGAAUACACAAUCUACAGCUGCAUCCGAGGCCGUCUUCUGGAGGUCAAUGAGAGUAUUUUAAAAACACCCUCUCUCUUGCUGAAAAAGCCCUUCACUGAUGGAUACAUCGCUGUCAUCCUGCCAAAGUUUGACGAGAGCAAAACCAUCACAGAGAAUCUUCUGAGCAGAGAGGAGUUCGAGAGCAUCGUCUCCAAACGUUCUGUUCCCGAAUCUCAACCAUCAUGACAGAGUUCUACUUAUUUAAGUUAAACCCGCUCUGUCAGUCCUGCCAGGUUGGGUAAAGACUGAGGAUGAAUCCUGGAAAGAGACUUGCAUGUGGUCAAAAGGAAUGUUGCAUUUAAUGCAAGCUUCGCACUGUGCCUCUUUACUCUUAUUGUUUUCUUAUGUUUUAGAAGGAGGUUUCAGAAGGCACUCUGUGUUUAACUUUUUUUUUUUCAAGCUUGAAAAGAUAAGAGGAAAGCAUGACAAAGUACUUGAAUUCUGUUUGUAUAAUACCAGAAACAUAUAUACUUGAGUUGAAUAAUUUUUCUAGAAUGUCAUUAAACAAACACAGCAGUGAUUUAAGAAAAAUAUUGUUUAUUUUUGUAUGUGUCACUUUUAUUAACCUUUCAAUUGUCAAAAGAAUAGAUGGUCCAAAACUAGAUCGGAUUUCUUCACAUCUGUAGUUGUACUACAAUACCCAGCAUCCUUAGCUGCUCUCACACCGUACAAAGCAUCUCUAAAUAUGUAUUUAAGUAUGUUAUUCAUCUCUCAUUAUCACACCAUCCCCUAGUACCAAAGUCAUUAACUUAGGAUACAUACUGUGUAUAUACAUAUAUAUCUAUGCUUCAUGUACCAUAUUAUACAUGCCAUUUACCAUUUAAUACAUAUUGGCCAACCAGGCAGCUUCACAAUGAUAGUCUUCAUAACAAGUACACUUCGGCCCAAUCCCAAAUCACCCCCUCCACCCUACCCCUCCGUGACGGAGUGAACUCCGUCUGUAGCCACACUCGCAGCUCAAUGAAGCUCCCUCCUGUCAGGUGGAGGGAGUAAAUACAGCGGCAAG